AUGACAACAGAUAAAUAUACAUAUUUAAACAACAUAAUGGAUAUGUAUUGGUGCGGUUUUAAUGGAUUCAACCAAUUGAACUUUGAACAUAACACAGACUUAAAUUUCCAUCUAUAUGAGGACAAAGCAAGCAGUAGUGGAAUCCAACAAGUAACAUUUUCUUGGAGUUCAGCUUCAGUUUUGACAGGCUCCGGUCAAGUUUUAAUUAGUGGUCUGGUUCACAAGAAGAAAGUAAAAUGUGAGGUCUUAAAUAAUUUUAACUAUGAACCUUUUAAAUCUGUUGCUACUUCCGAAACAAAUGUGUUGGCUACUGAUUUGGUGGGGAAUUGUUGGUCGUAUUUGAAGAGCUGUGGAAAAUGGGAUAAUAUUACACGAAAGUUACAAACAGAAGUUCCUUGUUCAACUUCACAAAAAAGUGAAAAACUAUUAAUACACAAUGUAUGCUGUAGUGAUAAUGUUCACUUGGCUUUUUCUUUCAAUGAAAUUUAUUCGAUUCCAACCAAAAUAUUUGAAACCAAAUUGAAAGUUAUUCAAGUAGCUUGUGGGUUUGAACAUGUAGUGAUUUUAUUAGAAAGUGGAUCUCUUUAUACAUAUGGAACUGGAAGUCGAGGGCAACUAGGACACGGUGAGUUGAAUGAAGAAGAGAGUCCACGACUUCUAAAAUUUCUGGACGGUUUAAAAGUGAUAAAUAUCUCAGCCGGUGGAUGGCAUACUGCUGCAAUUACAGAAUGCAAUGAUCUGUAUAUGUGGGGUUGGAACCAUUCAGGACAACUAGGAAUCUCAAAUUCUCCCGAAAACAGUGGCACAAUGAUGGCUGCGGAACCUGUAUUAAUAGAUUGGCCUGAGGAGACAGAAAUUGAACAAGUAAGCUUAGGGGCACGUCAUUCAAUGAUUCUAACUAAAAAUAACAUUUUAUGGGGCUGUGGAUGGAAUGCACAUAAACAGUUGGGCAUUGAAACAUAUGAGCUAAUUUGUGACCGAAUGAUUAAUCUUAGUAUUUUGUCACCAAUUCUUAAAUUUAAUAGGAAAAAAAUAAUGAAAAUAGAAUGCAAGGCCUGGAAUAGUGCCCUGUUGAUACAAAAAUAAAACUAUUUAAUACCGUCUACCCAUUAAAAUCAAUUUAUUUUUUGAUUUUUACGUUUGUUAUUUUUAAAGGUUAUUUUGUUUUAUAAACAAAAUAUGUAAGUGUCAAUAUCUGUAGAGUAACAUUUGAGAAUUAAAACAUUUUAAAGAUUUAACUAAUUAUUUUAUACUUUUCAUUACUUAUUUUCUGUUAAUAUUCUUUAAAUUUUUAUUACAAAAAAAUGAUGCGCUUAUGCUAUUUUCGAAAAUAUUUCAUAUCACAGCAGUGGAUACAGUGUGGGACAGUAGAUUAAAGGCAAUAUAUUUCUACUAUUAUUAAAUUAUAAUUGUUGUUUUUAGAAAAUUAGCCAUAUUUUCAAUUUCCAUAUCAAUGAAUUACGAUUUUUUGACAAUUUUUAUUUUGAACAAAUAUUUAUGUUUUUUUUUUAGUU